AUGAGUAGGCCAGGAGGUUGGGCUCGAGUUUGGAUAAAUAUAAAGAAGUCUUUGAGAGGUGAUGGCACAAAAGGUAUACGAAAAUAUAUUGGCGAGGACUGCUCUGGAAAUCGAUUCUAUGAAGUUCCACAUCAGAGUCUGAGUAACGUUAGAAGGUUAUUUAUUUACUGUCAUUAUUGUUAUACGAGCAGUGUGUAUUUUUAUUUACAUGAAAAUGUAUUCAGAGGUUACGAACCGAGUCCAACGAGUGGUGCAGAACCGAGUCUGGAAUGGCAGUCAUGGCUUAAAGGUACACGCACAUCUCCUCCAUCUCUUGAACAACUCUCAGCGAAUCGUUCAGCAAUUGCAAACAUGAACAAAAGACUCGAACAGGAAGAAAGAGAUAAAGAAGAAUCACCAGAGUUUGAGAGUGAGAUAAUCAAUAAAACAAACAAAUUCGAAUUAAAGCAACAGCAGAGCGUAUUAAGCGACAAAGUCAAGAAAUAUCCCGUUUAUAAAGACUUCGAAUACCAACCUGGUGUGUCGAACCCAGCUAAUAAUAAGGACAGCAGUGAUAGAUAA